UUUCAGUCUAGCAUUCUGCUCAAAGUUGCAGCUUCAUGUUUUCUUUAACUUGAAGUGGACAGAGAGAUUGAAAUCUCGGACCCAAAGUUGGGAGAAGUUUUCUUUCUAACCGCGUAUAUAUUCAAGGUCACAUAGCAGCCACGACCAGCUGGUAGACCACCAAGGUUACGUGUCUGGCAGCUCCGAUUUAUUCAGUGCUGUCGUCAGUCGUCGGUGAUAUUUAGUGCUUGUCACUCGUACAUCGACCGAUCGCCGAUCGGACAGAUUCGACUAUGGCAUUGUCGAGAAUUAAUGCUGCAGAUAUGAUGAACGCUCUAACUCGUAUCUCGCGCGCAGGUACGAAUUUUUUUUUCAAAUCGGUAUCCCUGGAGAUCCAACACGCGACUCCAGCAGCUAUACAUCAGCAGCAGCAGCGGGUCGAGAAGCUGCACAUGACGAGCGUGCGUCGUUACCCGGAGCCGCCGCGGCUUGACUUGCCGACUAACAUGCGCGAUAUAUUCGCCAACGAGACGGGCCGUUUCACGUCGGAACGCGCGCGCGAUAUCGCUCUAUACAGCGAGAAUGGCGGCUUAGCCAUUACGAAUGCGAAUCGCACCGGUUACCCUAAGAUCUGCGACAACGGUCAGGUGGACUCGUACGACUGCUUCGGUGCCGUCAGUCUGUGCGGCACGAUGCAGACCAACGUGCCCAAGCCUUAUCGCUCGCAGGGCACGCACGCGUGGGUGCUGAGAUCCACGCACCUCAACAUGCCCGGCGGACAGUGGACCCGCAGCAACAAGUAUAUCGCCGAGGACAUGCAGAGAUCCCACUACCGUAACCUGCGCCCGGAGUCGUGUUCUGCAAUUAACACCCUCAUAACGAGCUCGCUUUUACGAAUGACAUAUUGGCCAAUGCAGUAUACCAUCAGAAUGAACUACUCGACCGACGCGUCCGAAGCGCCCAAGGAUGGCGUGAAGGAUCAGGCGACGGCGGCGCCGUCGGCGACGCUCGCGAUGUCGAAGCGGGACAGAUUUCGGCUAAUGCUAAGAGAUUAUGGAGGCACUAUGAUGGCUUUUCAUAUCACUAUCUCACUAAUGAGCCUCGGUGCUUGUUACAUGGUGGUCGUUAGUGGAGUAGACGUGACACCGUUAGUAGAGAAACUCACAGGCGGCAACGAGGAGGUGGACUCAGUAAUAAAGACGUCAACAGACUUCGUAAUAGCGUACACCGUGCACAAAUUGUUCGCACCUGUUCGUUUAUCGGUGACCCUCGCUGCGACACCGUUGCUCGUGAAAUACCUAAGAAGAAUCGGCUUGCUCAAGAAAUCGAAACGACCAGCGUCUUCGUAAGGUACCAUGCCGGUUCUUUCCACGUAGGAAGUGUGCCUCUUCGUGUCAGACAGGCAACAACGAAAUACUUCACAGAAGAGACGACGUCAUUGCGAGCAGAAAAUUUAAAUCUCGGUGAUCGGAAAUAUUUUUCGCUGUUAAGCGACAUGAUGCGAUCAUUUGCGAUCAUGCGUUAAUCGAUCCCCCUCGAAAUUGAACUAUUUUGCUUAUUGUUCGAACGCUAUUCAUUUUUGAGACAGCAGACCCGCGUCUCCCCUCGUUCCGUGGGACUUGGUAAACGUGAAUUCUCAUAUACGCGCGCGUUAUGAGGUCUGGCGAGCUUGAGAAAUUUAUAUGGAUUUGUAUAAUGGAAUUUUAUAUGGAUAUUUGGGUGUUAUUUUUCUUUGGAUAUAUUUUGUAAGAAGCUUAACGUCUGUAAAUAAAAACAUGUUAAAUGACGAGUUCAGCAGAAAGAAUAAA